AUGCACAAUCUAAACGAAAAAAUAAUAUUUGUCACUGGUGGGGCAAACGGCAUUGGGAAAUCAAUAGUUCAGGAGUUUUUAAAAUAUGGAGCGAAGGUCGCAUUUCUUGAUAUCGAUGAAAAUUCUGGAAUUGCCCUUGAAGCUGAGUUGAAGUCAACAUUUGGAGACGUACAAGUUAUGUUUAUAAGAGGUGAUGUGACCAUUGAUGAUGAUUUAUUUGGUGCUUAUGAUAAAAUUCUCAAAGAAUAUGGAACUUUGGAUGUGUUGGUCAACAACGCUGGCAUAGCUGACGAAUCACCUUCAAUGUACAAAAAGGAAAUAGAAAUUAAUUUUACAGCCACAGUUACAUCAACUUUGAAAGCUUUGGAAAUAAUGCGAGAGGAUUUGGGUGGAAGAGGUGGAACAAUCAUCAACAUCAGCUCAAUUGUUGCUGUGAAACUCUUGUCGCCUGACUUUUUUAUAUACGCCGCAACCAAAACUGCAGUCUUACAUUUUAGUAAUUGUAUUGGUAUGAUUCAAUAUUACCAACGCACUAAAGUGAGAGUUAUAGCAGUGUGCUUGGGAGGGACUCAAUCGGAUCUUCACGAGAAUGCUCGCAUGUUUGACAAUACUAUUACUAUGGAUGAAAUAAUAGAAACGUAUAAAAAUUUCGGACCGUCGCAAACAAGCGCCGUGGCAGCGAAAGGGAUUAUAGAAAGUUAUAUAAAUGGAGAGAGUGGAAGUACUUGGCUGGUAAACAGUUGUAAAAUAACCGACAUCAGUGCAAAUAUACGAGAAGGAUACAUGGUAAUGGGUCAGGACGCUGACGCCUAG